AUGCAGCACGAGCAGCAUGCUCCCUCUACGCUCCCCGUGCCCGGGGGAGAGGGCCUCUGCUGCUGCAUGCCUGAUGUCGUCUUCACUGUUGCAGCAACAACGACAGGAGAAGCAUCGAGGAAGAAUCAAGUGAACAAGGCGAACACGAAGAAGAAUGGUGGGGAGCAUGUGGAAGCAGGAGGGGAGGAGCUAGGCGAGGUGGACAAGCAUGGCGAGAAGAGCGAGGACGAGGAGGAGGGCAGAGACGAUGAGAGUGAUCAAGAUGAUACUUACCAAGACAGUGACUCCCAUGAAGCAUCUGAUGAGGACCUCGAGCAAGGGGAUCAAACCAUGCCUGAGGAGGCACAGGGCAAGCAGGAUGAGGAGGAGAUGGGAGACGAGGAGACGAAGUCUCUGAGAGAGGAGAUGAAGAAGUUGGGGCUGCCGUGCAGCUUCACCGCCAACGACCUCACCAAGAGGAGGAAGAAGGACCAGCAGCGGGUGGCAACGCACCUCAUCCGCCCUCAGACCACCAUCUACUGCAGAGACGCUGACGUCACGUCUCCGAUGAUGACGACUCGAGCAAGAGCAUCCCUUGCCGCUCUCUACCUGAGAGAGCGAAACUAUGAUGAGAGUUGUAUAGUAUGGGAGUAUCUGCCGGUGGUGUUGAGCGCUGAGCAGCAGAGAGAGGAGGAAGGAGGAGAGGUAGAGAAGGACAAGGAGGAGGAGAAGGCCGAGGAAGCGGAGGCGGAGGAGGCGAGGGAGGAUGUGGAGCAGCCGAUCUACGGGCCCUUCACCGUGAUGCAAAUGCUCAGCUGGAUUUCAGCUGGACGGUAA